AUGCCAUCCUCGCGGGUGGCAACAGCUAUUCUUUUCGCCUGUCUUUUAUUUAUGUUCUUGUAUUCCACCUACAUCUUUGCUCCCUCCUAUCAUCCGACGUCGCCAAACAAGCCUCCAUUGGCGCAAUCGCCGACGCAUCCACCGCAACAUACCGAGAAGCCCAAAGUACACGACGGCCCGACGGCAUGGCAGAAAGAAGCCGAGUCCAUCAUCAGUCAAGCCAAAUUCUUAAUUGGCGAUCCCAUCCAGCCUCCGUACAAAUUCAAAUUCUACGAGCUGGGUCAGCGUACCAAGACGGCCCGGGAAUGGGUCAAAUUCCUAGACAACGCACCAAAGACAGAGAACACCGAGCUUCUUCUCGAGGCCGUAGAGGGCGCCAUCGCAUCCUUCUUCCCUUUCAUCCAGCACUCCCCGAAGCAUCCUGAUAGCAAGACACCUUUUUCAGAUUUGCGUUCCUCCCUUGUCCCCGGGUCACGUGGCCUUGUCAUUCCGACAGGCAAGGGAACCAUGCGAUAUGCGACGCACCUCAUUGGCGCUCUCCAGGACAUCCUGUACUGCAACAUGACGAUCCAAAUCGUCUAUGCCGGGGACGAGGACUUGCCACCUGAAGACCGCGAGAAGCUGCAGUCCCGAUUCAAGGAAGUUCAAUUCUUGGACGUCCUCAGCGUCGUUGACGAUACGACCCUGCAGCUUGCCAAGGGCGGUUGGGCUAUCAAAGCCUUUGCGGCUUUAUACGCGCCAUUUGAAGAGGUCAUCCUCUCAGAUGCUGACUCCGUCUUUGUUCAAGUUCCAGAGUCGCUCUUCUUGGAUCCCUUGUAUGAGCAGACUGGUGCCCUCCUCUUUCACGACCGUUUGCUUUGGCAACACGCCUUUGCCGAGCGUCACCAAUGGUGGAGGUCGCAGAUUCACGAGCCUAGCGCUACCCUCAACAAGUCACUCGUUUGGACCGAGGACUAUGCCGAAGAGGGCGAUUCGGGCGUGGUUAUCAUGGACAAGUCGCGCCUAGACGUGCUCAUGGGUCUCCUCCACGUGGCGUGGCAAAAUACGUACGACGUGCGCGAGGAGGUCAGCUACAAGAUUACAUAUGGCGACAAGGAGACUUGGUGGUUUGGUCUCGAGCUCACCGGGGCGAGCUAUGCGUUUGAAAAGCACUAUGGCUCCAUGGUUGGUUGGUUCAAGGACAAGGUCAACGACGCAGUCGAGAGGAUCUGCAGCUUCGUGAUUGGACACGUCGACGAGCGGGACAAUCUCAUUUGGUACAAUGGAGGCCUUUUGAAGAACAAAAAGGUCGACCCGAACGAGUUUGGGCUUCCGACGCAUACCGUCGUCGAUGGGACGUGGGAGAAGGGCGGGGACCGUACUCAGAUGAGCUGCAUGGUCGGGAACAACGUCAAGCCCCUGAAUAAGGAUAUGCAGUGGGUUUUGAAUCGUUCCAUCACUCUGGCGCAAGAGCUGGAUACGCAUUUUGGUUUCGUUUAG